CGGGCACACACGUUCGCAAAAGGCCUUACAAACAGAGAACUAGCCUUCCGAGCAAGACAAGUGACCAUGACGGAGGCUUUUAUGGGCUACAGUGAGGACUUUGAGCAGUGUCGCGAUGACGCCAUGACGGACAUCCGUGCGAUCCCCAAGGCGCGGGACCAACGCGAGCGUGAUGACCUCUCGGAGCGUGCACAGGGAAACAUCUCGGAAGCUGAGCGCUACAUGCGCAUUCUCGAGAGCGAGUCACGCGCUGGAGACUCGCAGGACCGCCGACGGAUGCACCAGCAGCUGCGCACCUUCAAGUCGCAGUUGGACAAGCUCAAGGCGAAUGUUGAGCGCUCAAAGCUCAUGGACGGCAGCCAGCAGCGUCGCCAAGCCGCUGCCCCACAGGACAACGUGGCCCGCUACCAACAGCGCACGGACCGCAUCGACGACCACCUGGACGAUGCUCAGGCCAUCAUCGCACGAACCGAGGCCACGGCACAAAACAUCAACCGCAACCUGGCGGACCAGCGCGAGCAGCUCAUUAACGUCCGCACGAACGUUGACGAGACGCGUGAAGACACAGCAGAAGCGGGUAUGCAUCUUAAGAAACUCAAGUGCAAGAUGGCAUCGCAGAUUCUGUUCCUCUACCUGGUCAUUUUGGGCCUCAUUGUUGUGAUCAUUUGGAGGGUCAUUUCCAAGUUUACUUAAAAAAACACAAAAGAGAUGGGUCUUAGGAGCUACGAAUUACCUGCAGUUUUUGCGUGUAACUAAGAACAAGGUGAACUACUUUUUUUUAA